AUGGCUGGAAAUCUUCUGACUGUUACUGUCAUUGUGAGAGAUGCCCAUCUUCAUUACCCAAUGUACUUCUUUAUAGCUAACCUAUCCUUGUUAGAUUUUUGCUAUAUCUCAGUAACUGUUCCUAAAUCAAUUGUGAAUUCUCUAAUGAACUGUAAAUUUAUUUCUCUUAAAGAAUGUGUUGCCCAAAUUUUCCUAUUUCUGUUAUUUGGAUUCACAGAGUUUAUUUUCCUUGUGGUCAUGUCCUAUGACCGUUAUGUUGCCAUUUGUCACCCUCUGCAUUAUCAGCUCAUCAUCACCCCACGUCUGUGCACACAAAUAUCAGGAGGCUCAUGGGCCACUGGACUGGUCUAUUCUGCAAUCCACACAGGCACCAUAUUCUAUCUUCCUUUCACAAAAUCCAAUGCUAUUCACCAGUUUUUCUGUGACAUCCCUCAAAUCCUAAGCAUCUCUUCUCAGUCGGUGCAGUUUUCUGAGACAGUGACCCUUGCAGUAAGUACUUGCAUUGCGUUGCUCUGCUUUGUCAUUUUAUUUGCCUCAUAUGUAAACAUAUUUUCUACUGUGCUCCAGAUGAAAUCUGUGGAAGCCAGAAACAAAGCCUUAUCCACUUGCUCUCCACAGUUGGCUACUCUUAUUUUGUUUUUAAUCUCUGGAUUUUUUGCCUGUUUGGGCCCCAUCUCAAAUAUGUCUUCUAUUCAAAAUCUCCUCACAGCUAUCUUCUACUCCAUGGUGUCCCCCUUAGUAAACCCUAUCAUCUUUAGUCUGAGGAACAGGGAGAUUAAGAAUGCUCUCAGCAGAAUGUUUAAAGGAUCUUAA